UGUCUUGAGUUUUCUGCCAGCUGGGAGAGACGUUACGGUGAGGAGGAGGAGGAGGAGGAGGAGGAGGGAGGGAAGGACUUCUCACAUUUCACUGAGCAGACGGCGUCCCUCCUGUAAACACUGGGGGCUUUUACUUUGAAAUAAGCUUUCCCAGACGCUCGCGAGGAGCAGUGCGUUCCCCUUGGGAGAGGGGAGGCUGGGCUCGAGACAGCCCUGUCGAUCGAGUUAAAAAGCCCGUAUCGAAUGCAGCGACCGUGUGGAAAUGUUACCUGUGCAAACUUUUUUUUACCGUUACACAUUGUACUGAGUUAGUUCAACUGCGCGGCUACAACUUCAGGACCACCGGCUGUCCAGCGUGUUCAGUGCGGAGCUCCAUCAACGUCCAGUCGACGGGAUGUCCGUGAGUUAAAUGCCGAAGUGGAAUGCACUCUGCCGGGGACAUGCACCAUGGCCUGGCGAGCGUGGUUGAAACUCUGCUGCGGUCAAAAGUGGCUGCUCCUCCUCUCCCCCCUCGUCCUCCUCUUCCUCGCCAUCUCCGUGAUGACGACGACUCUCCCCCUCCCCUUGCACGAUGUCGACUGGCGGUCCUCCCGAGCCCUGAACUCCGCCGGUGAGUUCCGGCCCAGGCGCAAAGUCGUGGGGCACCCUCCGGCCGCUGACGCCCACAGCAAGGCCUGGAAAUCCGGUGCCGGAGGAGAGCCAUCUAAAAGUUUGGCGCAAGCGGAGGCUCUCAUGGAAGCCGCUGGCUACGACAAAAACAGCAUAAAAGAGAGGAGGAAUGAACACAAAAACAAAGGCAUCGCCUCCAAAAGAAAGGAGACGAAGGGCGCCACCAGGCACCCAAACAGUCAUCAGCAUCCCCGUCUCCCUGAGAUUAGAGUCAACAACACAAGGCCAAAGCAUAGAAUUAAGCCAAGCAACCACAACGCUGUGGUGAAGCACACUGUGCAGACCUACAUUCAUCUUGAAAGGGGUAAAUCCACAGCAGCACGGAUCCCUGCUCCAGCACUCGGUCUAAUGAAUGGCAGACUGGCUGCAGACAGACACGUGGACGGAUGGCACAGGAAUGCAGACUCCCACAUACAUGGUGGUCGUGCAAGUGCAAAGCCAGCUGAGCAUCACCAGGCUUUGGGAAAACACAGACAUGCAGCAAAGCACUUUGGGAAAUCUGACAAAGUCGGUAAGGAGCACAAGGCUGUGAAAAAGCCCUCAAGGGAUCUAAAGAACCAGCAUAAUCCUUCGGAGGAUCACUUUGAAGAGAGGGGGAAUCCAGGGUCACCAGACCGUAGGAAGGCUUUGUUAGCCAUGAAGGCAGAGGACGGCGGCUGGUGUCGGAGCUUCAGGGACCAGGACUUUCCAGACGGCGACCGCAGGGGGAUCAGGAUUAGUCCUGAUCUCCGGCCUCUCCCCUGGCUCAGCCAGGAUGACAUCCAGAAGAUGGAGCUCCUAGCUGAGGGGGAGCCGGUCAGCAAGAACAGGGUGCCCGCACACGGACAGGUGAUCCAAGUGGCGCUGGAUCCUCCUGCACACCAGCAGCAGCCUUCCCCUAAGAGGGAUUCCCCUGAGCCUGGACCUGACCACAGACGUCUGGAAACCCACGGUGAGCGCUGCCAGCAGGGGCACUGCUCCCUGAUCAAACGCACCGACGACUGGUUCGAGGUUCUGGCCUUCCACCUGGACAGGGUGCUGAGACUUAACAGGAGUCUCCCCGCGGUGCUGAGGACUUUCCGCAGCGAGAUUCUGCCGUAUCGAUACACCAGCGGCACUCCCAGACCCGUGGUGUGGUGGGAUCCGGACAUUCAGCACCUAUCUGAUAAGGACAACGACCAGAACUCGGUGCCACUCAGUUGGACCCAGUACCAGAAGCUGCUGCUGCUCCGCUGUGGGAGGGAGGCAGACCUGAGGUCAGCGCCCUGCAUGGGAGUUCACCACUCAGAGUGGGGGAGACUGGCUCUCUUUGACUUCUUGUUGCAGGUAAACGACCGGCUGGACAGGUACUGCUGCGGUUUCACCCCCGAUCCGACAGAACUCUGUGUGGAGAACCUGCUCUACACCAAGUGUGGCAACACCAAGGACCUGCUGCUGGUCCACAUCCUGGUGAGGAAGGCCGAUCCCUCCAGACUGGUGUUCAUAGACAACGCUGGCAGACCACAUCAGUCCACCAACAACCUCAACUUCAGGCUGGUGGAGGGCAUUGACCAGUUUCCAGAGAGAGCGGUGUCGGUGCUCCAGUCGGGUUGUCUGGAGAGUCUUCUUCUACGCUCCCUUUACACGGACAGGGAAUUCUGGGACAGCCAAGGCGGGGCCAGCGGCCUCAGACCGCUCAUCCGCACUCUGGAGCACAGAGGGAAGAUUCUCCUCCGGCACAUCAGAGAUAUGAAACUAAAGCUCAAGAGGGACCUGUGACUGAGCUGAGCUGGACCAAACAACUUAAUCACGUUAUUCAGGUCAUUAAGAGUUCCUAUGGUUCAGGUAGUCUGGGAGUAUUAGCAGACAAGCUUGGAUGUUCAAAACAAACACCCUUUUAUUUUGUUACAAUGAAUACAACAUCCACAAUGGCAACCCCAGGGUCAGUGGACCAAUCUGUUAUGGCGUUUUGUGAUUUUAUUAUAUCUGAAAGUCCAACUUAAAUCAAAAACGUCAUGCAGUCAAAUAUUAUGUCACAAGUGAUGCUCAAAAUGAUUAUUAAUAUUAGGUUUGCUUAAAAGUGGUCAAUUCGAAAAUUCAGAGCGUGUCCAUGAUUGAGAGAUUAACUUAACUUGGGGACAGCUGAGCCGACAGCUAGAGGCUAACAGUGCUUACAGCACUCAUAGUGCAAACAAGGGCAUCAGUGCUGACAGAGCAAACAGUGUUUACCUGAGAUAAAGUAUAAAGUCACAACAAUGAAAAAAAUGGGAAUAUUUCAAAUUUUGGGCCUUUAAAGAGAUUGCUCCUUUAGCCUCAAAGCCUCUGAGUGUGAGGGUCAGUUUACAUGUUGGAUUGACAGCAAAGCUAGCGAGGGGAACCAAGACGCGAUGCAAAACCUAGCUUCUACGUAUAGCUGUAAGCCAAUCACUCACACUGUUCUGUUAGCAAUAUGAGGACUAAACGGACUGCUGUCAACUUGUCCCUGAUGAUGAUUACUGUUGUAUGCAUUAUUAUUAAUCCUUUGGGAUGAGUUUUUUGUCUUGUUCAAAAGAUGUCCCGUUAUUACAGGUUUCUAACUUGUAACA